AUGUUUCGAGUCUCUCUACUUGUACGUGGUUUACUCCAGGAAGCUCUUAUUCAAGGGCAAAAAGUGUGGAAUUUGGAUUUUGGGAGUAAUCCAACAACGACUGAACUUAAAUUCCAUGGAAAACCAGCCACUUCUACUCCACUCUAUCACGUCUUGGAUCUUGAUGGAAAUGUUGUGAACCCAAAGGAGGAACCGAAGGUAUCACGUGAGUUUAUGGUAAAAAUGAUGGAGGCGAUGGUACGACAUCACACAAUUGAUGGUAUUUUAUUAGAAGCUCAACGACAAGGUCGCAUCUCUUUUUAUAUGACCAGCUAUGGAGAAGAAGCAUCUAUCGUAGGAUCUGCUGCCGGUUUACAGCCACAGGAUGAGGUGUUUCUUCAAUACCGUGAAGGAGCUCUCUUAACAUAUCGAGGGUAUACCAUUCAAGAAGUGGUGGCUCAAUGUAUGGGAAAUAUAGAAUGUGAAUUAAAGGGGCGUCAAAUGCCUAUUCAUUAUGGUUCACGUAAACUUAAUGUACAUGUAAUAGGUUCAACUGUUGCGACUCAAAUACCUCAUGCUGCUGGAGCUGGGUAUGCCUUUCGUCUUGAAAACGAACGAGAGACGGAUGAGAAUAAAAAACGUAUUGCUGCUGUUUUCUUUGGUGAUGGUGCUGCUAGUGAAGGUGACUUUUACGCUGGCGUUAACUUUGCCGCUGUUCGUGGAUCACAAACUCUUUUUAUUGCCCGUAAUAACGGUUUCGCUAUUUCAACUCCUACUCCUACACAAUACAAGGGUGAUGGAAUUUUAGCACGUGGAGUUGGUAAUGGUGUUCCCUCUGCACGUAUAGAUGGACAUGAUAUUUUAGCCGUUCUGCAGGCCGUUCGUCGAUCUCGUGAGAUGAUACUCAGAGAAAAUACACCGGUGCUGCUGGAAAUGAUUACAUAUCGUGUUUCUCAUCAUUCCACUUCCGAUGAUAGCGCCGCCUACCGUUUGGAUGAUGAAAAGGAACGCUUUGCAGAGAUAUUUUCACCACUCGCACGGUUUGAGAAGUAUUUGGUGCGUAAAUCCUGGUGGAGUGCGGAACAGACAAAACAAUUAUCACAACAAGUGCGAAAAGAAACACUGCAGGAGUUGCGUCGACAGGAAAAUAUUCCCAAAUGGCCAGUAGACACCAUGCACGAUGAUGUGUAUAAAGAGAAAACCCCAGAGAUGCAGGAAGCGCAAAGGGAAGUGAUGGAGCACUAUGAACGAAACAAAGCAGCAUAUAAACAUUAA